UGAGUUUGCAAAAUGUUGUUCAUCUUUUUUAGCUUAUAAAGUGUGUGGUAAAUAAAUGAAAUGUUGAAGUCAUUUAAUAUUAUAGCAAAGCGAUUCCUACAAACAUCCGCCGUCAAUCUCAAAGGUCAUGCAAAAUGGCAAAAUAUCAAACACAUAAAAGCGGCAAAUGAUAAAAUACGUUCUAUGAUGAUUACACGACAAUUGAGAUUGCUUCGUAUUGCUGCCAAUGACGGUGGUUCACCAGUCCCCGAAACAAAUCCAAUGUUACGCGAUGCAGUUGCAGAGGCAAUACGACGUGAUGUACCAAAGACAACGAUUCAAAAUUUCUUAAAGAAGCUAUCGGAAAUUAAAGAUAAACCAAUUCAGAGAUACUUGUACGAGGGACGGAUGUACAAAAAACUUUAUGUUGUUAUCAGCAUGUUUCCGAACAGCGUGGGGCUGGCUAAAAUUCAAAUCGCAACCGUAUUUAGAAAACAUUUGGUGGAAGCGAUAAAUGCAAAACGAGUAUUCAAUGAGCGUGGCGUAAUCAAUGUCACUGCUCGAGAUGGUAUCAGUCUCGAACAUAUUGAAGACGAAUGUCUAAGUGAUGCCAUCGAGUGUGGAGCUGAAGAUAUUGAAGUCUAUAAUGCUGCCGAACGACAAGUUUCGUUUUUCUGUGAUCCAAAUGAAUUUCUUAAAGUUCGACAAAAACUUUCGGCUCUUGGACAUAAAGUGGAACACUCAGAGUGCGAAUUCUUUCCAAAAACACAAUUAGUUCAAUUGAAAGAAUCGGAAUUAAAUGAUUAUAAAAACUUCAAAAGUAAACUAAUCGAAUUUGAUGGAUUUGAUGAAAUUUAUGAUAAUUUAGAUGAUGACAACGAUGAAAAUGCGUGAAUAGUGGACGACCGUUUAUUUACCACACAUUUUGUAAAUAAAAGAUAAAAUAAAAAUAUGAAUGAUGAUUGUUAGUAAA